GCCUUCACACUAUAAAUGCCCCCACCACUCGUCUUCCUCUUUCCUCCUAACCAUCAUACCCGAGAUCCAAGCUCAAGCAGCAGAGCCAUGGAAUUAGAGCAUCGCCAGUCAGCCACAUGGGAAGGCUAUGUAAAUUGGAGGAACAAGCCUGCUCUCAGAGGUCGACAUGGCGGCAUGCUCGCUGCCUCCUUCGUUCUUGUGGUGGAGAUAUUGGAGAAUCUGGCAUAUUUGGCCAAUGCGAGCAAUUUGGUGCUAUAUCUGAAGCAGCACAUGCACUUAUCUCCUUCGAAAUCGGCCAACAGUGUCACCAAUUACAUGGGAACCGCCUUCCUCCUCGCCCUCCUCGGUGGUUUCUUGUCCGAUGCCUUUUUCACCACUUAUCACAUCUACCUGAUAAGCGCAGUAAUUGAAUUCCUGGGCCUGAUAAUACUCACUAUACAAGCUCGCGUACCUUCGUUAAAGCCACUGGAAUGUGACGCAACGACCCCAUGCGAAGAAGUUGCUGGUGGAAAAGCAGCGAUGCUUUUUGCAGGCCUCUAUUUGGUGGCUCUGGGGGUUGGAGGAAUCAAGGGUUCACUGGCAGCACAUGGUGCUGAGCAGUUUGAUGGGACUACCCCUUCUGGAAGGAAGCAGAGAUCAACCUUCUUCAACUACUUCGUUUUCUGCCUAUCAUGUGGCGCCCUCAUUGCUGUCACUUUCGUUGUAUGGAUUGAAGACAAUAAAGGGUGGGAAUGGGGUUUUGCAAUCUCUACUAUUAGCAUUCUUGUGUCCAUCCCCGUCUUCUUGUCUGGCUCUGCUACUUACAAAAACAAGAUCCCUACCGGAAGUCCACUCACAACCAUUUUCAAGGUUCUGAUUGCUGCUUCAAUUAAUACCUGCUUCAAUAGAAAUUCUAGCAGUGCUGUUGUGAAUAUGGUCUCAAGCCCUUCUAAUCUUAAGUCAAUUAGAAAAGAAGCAGAGGAAGAAGCAGCAAAAACAAGCAAGUCAGCUGAAACGCCAACAGAUACGCUCAAAUUCCUCAAUAACGCUGUUGCAAACAAGCCAGUCCACUCAUCACUAGGAUGCACCGUGCAGCAAGUGGAAGAUGUCAAAAUAGUACUGAAAGUACUGCCCGUAUUUGCUUGCACCAUCAUGCUUAAUUGCUGCCUUGCACAACUGUCCACAUUUUCUGUUGAACAAGCUGCCACCAUGGACACCAAGCUCGGUUCCCUCAUGGUGCCACCAGCAUCAUUACCAGUUUUCCCAGUAAUCUUCAUCAUGAUCCUAGCACCAAUCUAUGACCACAUCAUCAUCCCCUUUGCUCGGAAAGUAACCAAAACAGAGACAGGCGUCACUCAUCUCCAGAGAAUUGGGAUUGGAUUAGUCCUCUCUAUAGUUGCCAUGGCAGUAGCAGCUCUGGUUGAGAUAAGGAGAAAAAGAGUGGCCACACACACAGGGCUAUUAGAUUCCACCAAACCACUGCCCCUCUCAUUCUUUUGGAUUGCAUUUCAGUACUUAUUCCUAGGAUCAGCUGAUCUGUUCACCUUGGCAGGUUUGUUGGAGUUCUUCUUCACAGAAGCCCCAGUAAGGAUGAGAUCUUUGGCCACAUCUCUUUCCUGGGCCUCAUUGGCUCUGGGAUACUACCUCAGUACGGUGAUUGUAUCAAUAGUAAAUAAUGUCACUGGUAACUCAACCCACAGACCCUGGUUAUCGGGUAGCAACCUUAAUCACCAUCAUCUGGAGAGGUUCUAUUGGCUCAUGUGUGCUCUAAGUGGUCUGAAUUUCCUGCAUUACCUCUUCUGGGCUAUUCGGUACAAGUAUAGAGGAGCAGGAAAUAGUGGAUGAAGCAAAGAGGGGGGAAAUUUGCCAAAUGGUCCAUGAGUACAAGUUUACGAGACCAUUGGUCAAUAGCAUGCCAAGGUUGGAACUUGGGUGUACCUUUUGGCCCAAAAGAAAAAAGGGCUGGAUAGUGGAUAGAUAUACCCGUGACUGGAUGGACAGAUGGAUCUGCACGUCCUUCCCAUGGAAGUGGGGAUAUAUCUUUCUAGUAUUUAUUAAACAAAACAAAACCAAACGGGAGAGGAGAAAAUUACUCACUUGUAACCAGCUUAGGCUUUUUGUCCUUUUCAAUUAAUAUAUGCAUAGUUGCCAAUGGCUCUUGCCCACGCU